CUGUGAAAAUCUGUGUUCAGUGUAUCUGAAAAUUAACACAGUGGCUUGAAUUUUGUACUUAACAGCACUGAGGUGCUAUAUUUUGAAACUGUUCCAGAAAACAGGGCAAAUAUUUUAAAACAUUUAAAAACAUUUCAUAUAAGGCUUUCUUUUUGGUGUUACAUCAUGCAGAGUGAGGUGGAGUGUUAAGGAAGAGAUUCUUGAGUCGUUGGUUUCCAGCUUCAUUCCAUUGUGAUCAGAGAAGAUGCAUGAGCUUUCAAUGUGCCCUGCUCAUGAUAGCUCUUCUGAAAGUGGAGUCAUGUGGUUCUGAACACCAGCAAGGCAGCCUCAGCCUGGGAGUUUUGGAGUGAUCCCUAAUGGGCAAAGUGUUUGGGCUCCUGACGAGAACCUGCCGGUCAGUCCUGGCUGAGUCUCUACAGUUUCCAGCACAGUCUGUUGAGAAGGAGGAGGAGAACAACAUGAAGAGGAAGAGAGAGAAGCUGAGAGAACGUCGUGGUCCCUGGGACUACCGUCACGGCCUAGUUGGUUUAUACAACCUUGGACAGACCUGUAGCCUUAAUUCCCUGAUUCAGGUAUUCAUCAUGAAUGUGGAAUUCACCAAGAUAUUGAAGAGGAUAACAGUGCCGAGGGGAGUGGAGGAGCAGAAGAGAAGUGUCCCUUUCCAGUUGCUUUUGCUGCUGGAGAAGAUGCAGGACAGCCGGCAGAAGGCGGUGAGACCCAUAGAGCUCGUCUCCUGCCUCCAAAAGUACAAUGUGCCAUUGUUUGUCCAGCAUGAUGCUGCACAGCUCUACCUCACGGUUUGGAACCUGAUUAAAGACCAGAUCACAGAUGUGGACUUGGUAGAGAGGCUGCAGGCCCUGUAUACAAUUGGGGUAAAGGAGUUCCUGAUUUGCCUGGACUGUACCAAGGAGACAAGUAGAGACAGUAGCUUGCUGACCCUCCCUCUUAGUCUUUUUGAUAUGGAUUUAAAGCCUCUGAGAACACUGGAGGAUGCGCUGCGCUGUUUCUUGCAGCCCACGGAGUUAUCAAGAAAAAGCAAGUGUUUCUGUCAGAACUGUGGAAAGAAGACCUACGGAAAGCAGGCCUUGAAGCUGACCCAUUUGCCCUUGACCUUGACGAUCCACCUCAAGCGAUUCUCCGUCAGCAAUUCACGGACACAAAAGGUCUGCCACUCCCUGUAUUUCCCCCAGAGCUUGGAUGUCAAUCAAGUCCUUCCGAGUGAGCAGGCCCUCAGCAAUGCUGAGGAACAGUCUGGAGGACAGUACGAACUCUUUGCUGUGAUCGCUCACAUGGGAAUGGCUGACUUUGGUCACUACUGUGCCUAUAUCCGGAAUUCUGUGGAUGGAAAAUGGUUCUGCUUCAAUGACUCCAAUGUUUGUUGGGUGUCCUGGGAAGACAUUCAGUGCACCUUUGGAAAUCAUAAUGACCGCUGGCGUGAAACUGCCUAUCUUCUGGUUUACAUGAAGAUUGAGUGCUAAUGAAUGUACCCUAAACUUUCAGAGACCGAAAAAACAUCAUUUCCUUUUUCUAUCCCUGACACUGCUGCCAAAGAGAUUGUACAAUGAAAAGAAGCAUCAUUUUCACACUAUAUAAUUGUAUCUUAUUUAUAACCAGGGGUGAUUAUUACUGUGCUUUGGAUGUGAUGUGUCUCCCCAAGGUUCUUGUGCUGGAGGCUUGGUGUUCAGUGUGGCACUGUUGAGUUGGUGGGCUCUUUAAGAGGUGGGGCCCAGUGAGAGGUAAUUAGCUCCAUGUGGUCUCCUUGUCCUGGGCACUGAUGGUUCCCUUCUGUUCUACUGCAGUGUCUGAUGGUUCCUUUCUGUGCUACCGCAGUGUUCUGGUGCAGCCAGAGAUUCCUUGCCAGGAUGCUUAUGCUGGUUGGGACCCUCCAGCCACCAAAAUUGUGAACCAAAUAAUUAAAUACUUUGUAAAGUACCCAGCCUUAGCUAUUUUGUUAUAGCAAUAGAAAAAAAUGGACUAAUGCAAUUAUCAAAAUAGUUAACAACAAGACUACAUAGGUUUUGAUUAGUCAUAAUGGAUACUUUCACCAGUGGACUCGGGACACAUGGUUGAAUCAAGGCAUUAGCCCUUCAGUUGGAAGGUUGUGGGAGUCCAGGUGCUCCUAUGGAGGAAAGUACCAGUUGUGGGAGUCAUUUGGGUGAUAAGGAGCAUUGGUAGAGAAAUAUUUCAAAGUUCAAAACUGAUGUGAACACAUUGUUGUGUACUGGAUGACUAUCACUCUAUAUAAUUUAUAAUUUUUAGAACCAUAAUUAAUUCCAUGAAGGUCAAAUGUUUUGUGAUUAUUAUUCAUUGGCUAGGCAAAAUAAUGAAUAAAGUUCUUUUCCUCAAAAGAAGUUUGCAGUUUAAUGGAUGGUAUUUACACCACACAUGACACUGAGGGUUUUCAGGGAAAGUAGAAUCACUUCUAUUAUGGGUCAUGGAGGAGGACCUAUAGCGAACCUCCAUGCUGAUCUUCAUAAUGGCUUUACUAACUUGUGUUCAAACCAACAAGGUGUAUUUAAGAGCUCCCUUGUUUCUACUUUCUUACCAACAUGUUUCAUUUUUAUUUUGUUGGUUAUAGCAAUUCUAACUGGUAUGAGAUGAUGUCUCAUUGUGGUUUUUAUUUGCAUUUCCCUGAUGACUAAUGAUGCUGGACAAUUUUUCAUAUAGUCAUUGGCUACUUUUGCAUUUUCU